UGACAGAUAACCAUCAUGUGAAUGCCAGUCACUCCCCCCAUAAAACUCCUUUCCUUUUAAACCCACCCUAUUUGUGGUUCUUCACACAUACAUUCCUUCACUACUUUCCAUUUUGGACAACUAUCAUUCCCUUUUCUUCUUUCUAAUCUUUUCAUUCACCAAACCAAAACUAUCUCCUUUCAUCUUCAUUUAUGGCUACUGAAGUUAGUGUCUCUGAUCACCCUGCGGUUAUUCACGAGGAAGUAAAGGAGGAGAUCAAAGAAACUAUACCUACAGAAGAAGUGAAGGAUUCACCAAAACCAAACGUUGAAGAAACUCCAUGUGUAACUGAAGAAACAACCGAGGAGAACAAACCUGAGCCUCUUAAUAUUGAAGAAGUAAAGAAAGCUGACGAACACGAGGCACCAACAGUUGAAGAAUUGCCUGUGGUAAUUGAAACAAAAGAAAACAAAACAGAAACCGUAAAAGUUGAAGAAGAAGAAGAAGAAGAACAAACCCUGAAAACUGAAGCAAUGGCUCUGGACAAUGAAACCAAAUCGCCUGAAGUUGUAGCAGAAGAGAAGAAACCCGAAACCGGAACCCUGAAGAUCGAAGAAGUGAAGCCAAUAACUGAGGUUCCUCCGGUUGAACCUGAAGUUACUGAAAAGAUUGAAAAAGAACCUGAAGUUGAGAUACAUAGUGCAAAGAUCGAUGACUUGAAGGUCGAAAACCCAACGGCUAAAGACAUGGAACAAGUUGCGGAAAAGAAAGUAGACGAACAAGUAGAUGUAAAGAAAGAAGAUGAGCCAGUAGUUGAAGCAAAACAGUCAGUCCCUCUAGAUGAGAUUGCUGUAAUAAACAAGCAGGCUGAAACUGAAGAAAAGAAAGAGUGUGAUCAUCCAGUAGUUGGAGAGAAACAACCAGUCCCUCUAGAUGAGAUUGCUGUGCUAAACAAAGAGGCUGAGGUUGAAGAAAAAAAAGAAGAAUGCGCGAAAGAAACUACCGAAACCGUUGAAUCAAAAGAAGCGGCUGGAACACACCCUAUUGUUGCUGAACAAAUUGCUAAAGAAGUUGAAAAUGUGAAAGAAGACACCAAGGAAGCAAAAGAAGAUGUGAAAGAAGACACCAAGGAAGCAAAAGAAAAUGGAGAUGUAAAAGAUGAAAAAGUUGCACUAGAGCCUGUGAAAACUGAGUCAAAAGAUGAGAAAACAGUGGGUGAAACUAAGUCAGAGACUACUCCUAAAGAAGAAGAAAAAACAACUCCAAAGCAAUCAAACACACUUAUGGGAAAGGUUAAGAAAUCUUUCAUAAAAGCAAAGAAAGCAUUCACUUUGACAAAUAACACUAAGACCAACACUACCAACAAGACUCAAGAAGCCAAAGAAGAGGAGAAGGCUUGAACCAGAACAAACAUGUGAAAACAUGAAGACCAUAAAAUGGUAUAAGUAUUUGUUUUUUGAGUAUUUUUUAUUAUUAUUAUUCAUUUUAUUUGUUGUUUUGGUGGGGUUGGUUGGUUUGGGGAGGGGGUUGUUAUUUGUUCAUGUGUUUGUGGGAAUGUAACUGGCUUGCUUUUUGUUUUAGAAUGCAUACUGUGUUGUGGUGUGUAUAAUAGUUGGGAGUUUUGGCAUUGGUUUUUGUUAUUGUAUAGGUUCGUCUUAUUCUUUUCAUUGGAGUCGAACUUAUUGUUUGAACAUGUGUUUGUAUUGUAAUUAUAAACAGGAAAUAUAUUGAAUGUGAAUAUUAUUUGUAUCA